GUGUGGAGGAGAGAUGCUGGGUAUAUUGGGAGAAGGAUGCUGAAUAUGGAGCUGCCAGGGAAGAGGAGAAGAGGAAGGUCAAAGAGGAGGUUUAUGGAUGUGGUGAGGGAGGACAUGCAGGUGGCUGGUGUGACAGAGGAAGAUGCAGAGGACAGGAAGAGAUGGAAAUGGAUGAUCCGCUGUGGCGAUCCCUAACGGGAGCAGCCGAAAGUGGUAGUAGUGGUUACCGAGCUUGUCAUUGUCACUCCAAGUUUUCACAUGCCACAAUGAAGUACAUCCUGGUCACCGGUGGGGUCAUCUCUGGAAUUGGUAAAGGCAUCAUUGCUAGCAGCGUGGGAACAAUCCUCAAGUCCUGUGGCCUUCAUGUAACCGCUAUCAAAAUCGACCCUUACAUAAACAUUGAUGCCGGCACUUUCUCCCCCUAUGAGCAUGGAGAGGUGUUUGUGCUAGAUGAUGGAGGUGAGGUUGACCUAGACUUGGGUAACUAUGAGCGCUUCCUGGACAUCCGUCUAACCAAAGACAACAACCUUACCACGGGGAAGAUCUACCAGUCAGUCAUUACCAAAGAGAGGAGAGGGGACUAUCUGGGGAAGACUGUGCAGGUGGUGCCCCACAUCACAGAUGCCAUCCAGGAGUGGGUGAUGAAGCAGGCCAGGGUCUCGGUGGAUGAUGAUGGGGUGGAGCCCCAAGUCUGCGUUAUCGAGCUGGGAGGCACGGUGGGCGAUAUCGAGAGUAUGCCCUUCAUCGAGGCGUUCAGACAGUUCCAGUUUAAGGUGAAGCGGGAGAACUUCUGUAACAUCCACGUCAGCCUCGUACCACAGCCCAGUGCCACAGGAGAACAGAAAACCAAGCCCACCCAGAACAGCGUGCGGGAGCUCAGGGGUCUGGGUCUGUCUCCAGACUUGAUCAUGUGCCGCUGUGUGACACCACUAGAAACAGCUGUCAAGGAGAAAAUCUCCAUGUUCUGUCAUGUGGAGCCAACACAGGUGAUCUGUGUCCAUGACGUGUCUUCCAUCUACAGAGUGCCCCUGCUCCUGGAGGCCCAGGGCAUAGUGAGCUUCUUCUGCCAGCGGUUGAACCUGCCUGUGGAGUUGCGGGCCAGGAAGAUGCUCACCAAGUGGAAGGAGAUGUCAGACAGAUCGGACCGCCUCCUGGAGCACGUCUCCAUUGCCCUGGUGGGGAAGUACACCAAGUUCUCUGACUCCUACGCUUCCGUUAUCAAGGCUCUGGAGCACUCGGCCCUGGGCAUUAACCAUAAACUGGAGGUCAAGUACAUCGACUCGGCAGACCUGGAGCCCACCACUCUUCAGGAUGAGCCAGUCAAAUACCAUGAGGCUUGGCAGAAACUCUGCAGUGCUGAUGGCGUGCUGGUACCCGGGGGUUUCGGUGUGAGGGGGACAGAAGGCAAAAUCCAGGCUAUCAGCUGGGCUCGGAAACAGAAGAAGCCGUUCCUGGGGGUAUGUCUGGGCAUGCAGCUGGCGGUGUGUGAGUUUGCUCGCAACGUUCUUGGUUGGCAAGAUGCCAACUCCACAGAAUUUGACCCAGAAGCCAAGCACCCAGUGGUGAUUGACAUGCCGGAGCACAACCCCGGGGAUAUGGGUGGGACUAUGAGGUUGGGCAAGAGGCGAACCAUCUUCAAAUCCAGUACCAGUGUAUUGAGGAAGCUGUAUGGACAUGUAGAAUACGUUGAUGAGAGGCACAGACACAGAUUUGAGGUGAACCCUGAGCUAAAGCACCACUUUGAGGAGCGAGGUCUUCACUUUGUUGGCCAGGACGUGGAAGGGGAGAGGAUGGAGAUCAUCGAGUUGGAAGACCACAGUUACUUUGUGGGUGUGCAGUUCCAUCCAGAGUUCACCUCCCGGCCCAUCAAACCCUCUCCUCCGUACUUUGGCCUCCUGUUAGCCGCAGCAGGGAAGCUCCAGAGUUACCUUCUCAAGGGCUGUCGCCUCUCACCGCGGGACACAUACAGCGGCAGCAGCGGCAGCAGCUCUCCCGAAUCCGAGAUUACAGAGCUGAAGUUCCCCUCCGUUUCCUAGAAACACGACCCAGCUGGCUCUGACUCUACUCCUCAUCAUCGGACACACUGGUGAAAAAUAACUGAUGUCAGCCAGCUGACAUCCGAUCAUAUCGCGCAAUAAAAGGCUCAGGAAACAAACAAAAAAUUGCUGGCCUCAUAACUGCUGCCUGCCACAGCGACGCCAAUAGGCUUUUCAGACAUUCAACAAACGGCAAUAUUUUGUCGAUACAGUUCUCCGUUAAUGACAUGUUUCUGUCAUUUUCUUAUGCCUUGGUUGAGUUUAUGAACACAGAGGGGCGUUGUUUUCAAGAACUCUGGCAGUGUUUAAGACUUCCAUCAGUACACAAAAAAAUCACUAACUUAGGUAACGUGCUGGUAAGAACAAUGUUGUGAGAGAGCUGUGGAAUAUGGGAUAAUUGUUGGGUUAUUUUAAACGGGAAAGCAUGUCGGUGCCAUUGAGUGAAAUAGUAAUACAUCGGAGAAUAGCGUUUGAGAUCCUGUAAAAAGUUAUCAACUUUUGUGCCUCGUCAUUUAUUAUUGAGGCCGUGGUGCACGACGGAUAAAAUUUGUGAGGUAAUGAAGCCCGAUUAGCUGUACGACUACAUGGGUGAGGCCAAAGUAUACUCCGAAUAACCGGUUUGCAGGAGGGGGCUGCCGGAUCUUCUCAGUGCAUGGGCACUCGAACGCGGACAUUUAGCCUACCGAUCCCCCGUUAGGUGAGGCCUCGUCACAGGUCUUGCUACACAGGAACGUUUUUAUCACUGACAAUCCAGUGUUGAGUUGUGUAGCUGUUGAAGCGAGGGAUGGAGUGUAGUGGCGCGACUAAAAGCCAACAGUACAGUUAGAAAAACGGUUCAUAUACACUUGUAAUGAUUUCUCAUGAGGGAAAUUACAGUGAUGCUAGAAUGAAGGAGUAAGAUCUGCACACUGAAUUGCUCCCGAAAGCUAUUUUAUUCGGUUCAUAAUCACAAAGGUUCGUCACUGCUAUAGCGCCGCUCUUGUCUGCCGGUUUAACCGCAGUGUUUUUAUCAUGUUUAAACUCACAUAAAGCCUCUUUUUGUUCUUUACGUAGGUUUUUGGGUACGUUACAUUCACGUUUUUUACUAAAGAUUUUCAAAAUGUCUCGACCGAGCGACAGUAAGUUAUCAGUAAGUUAGUGUGGUACAUUGGUGGUGGUUGAGGUGAGUUACCCCCUUCAGUCUGAAGUGCUUUGGGUGUCUAGAAAAGCUCUAUAUAAAUGGAAUGAUGAUUUAUUAUUAUUACUGUUAUCCAGUGACGCAUUUCUAUCUGUCCUUCGGAUGAGACGUUAAACCGAGGUCCUGACUCACUGUGGUCAUUAAAGAUCCCAUGGCACUUACCACAAAGAGUAGUGGGGUUCCCCGGUGUCCUGGCAAAACUCCCAACCUGGCUCUCUCCAUCUGGCCACCUAAUUAUCCCCCCCAUGUAAUUGGCUCAGUGAUUCCUCCCUCUCCACCUCAAGCUGAUGUGUGCGUUCUGGCACAAAAUGGCUGCCGUAUAUCAGUCAGGUGGGUGCUACACAUUGGUGGUGGGUGAAGUGAGUUUCCCCCUUCUCUGAAGCACUCUGGCAGUCCAGAUAAAGCACUAAAUACAUGUAAUCCAUUAUUAAUCCAUUAUUCUUAGGAGGUGGAUUUACCUCGAAAGUUGGUAGUGGGUCUCUGCUGAGCUAAGGGGUUGUUAGGUGUCUUCAGACUGCAGCGAGAUGGCGCAGUCUCACCAGAGAAGGUACUGCUGAAGACUCGUGGUUGGCACAAAAAUUCUUUUACGUGUAGAGUCCUGAAGAACUUCUGAAAGUCCACAUAGACAUUAAAUUCCUGACGGUACGUUGUGGGACAGAGGAUCAACCUUUAAUGAGGGGCCAAAAGGCAGGGGGAUGAACGAGGCUUACUGGCGAGGUUUAGCACAUUUUGGGGCUCCUUCUCCAGGUUGCACAGUAUCUCGUCCUGUGACUGCUUCUCACCCCUUCUGCUUUUCCUCUUCUUUGGAGUGGCUCGGCCCAGGUUGGUGAUCGUCUUCCACCCGGGAUGUGGCAGUCCUCUAAAAUGCCAUGCUGUGCGUCUCCGAGUCAGUUUCAACAGAUGUGGGGGAAAAAACCACUACGGUCUCCUUGGGUGUCAGUUUUUUGGGUUCCCCUUCGUUUGGGACGACCACACGUACGCCCGCCCCGGCCAGUAGUCCUCCGCAUCUCUCCUGAACUUUUUCUUCUUCAAGUUCAAGCUUUUCUUUAUAUUGUUCACAUCCAUAAAAUAAAUCCUUAGGUCCAUCUUUGUUUGCAUAGUCUUCAUCCAGCUUCUCAGUGGCCCAUCGUAUUUGUCUGCGGACAGCCGUCAGUUGAUCAGUUAUUUCUUGGAUGAUCAGAACCGUCAGAUCGAUAGAACAUUUGUCAUUUCACAAAAAUUUAGAUUAUUCAAUCCGGCUCUUGGUGUUUUUUGGAUUCUCGGUCCCCGGGAAAUCCUCGUGCGUCCCGUAUAAUCCCUCACAGUGACUGCCUGCAUCGUCGUGCCUCUGUUGUGCAGGUCUCUCAGAAGCUUUAUGGAGCUUUUUGGUAGUAGGAGAUGUAGACCGGUCCUCAAGGAGAGAUUCUUUCAGGAUAAUCUUCUCAUAAUCUUCCUGGGUGAAUUCGAAAGUGUUGCCGGUCGCCAUCUUGUAGUUCAUAUAACGAUUAAAAAAAAGAAUUGAUAGGGAGUCUUCGGAGAGGAGUGCAGCACAAAGAAAAGAACAAAACUUCAGAAGAACCAAGUAUGCACACAUCCAGAAAAUAUUAAGCUGUUAUACCUUACACUGUCGUGCUACUUAUGCUAUUUUUUGUCUUGUACCUUAAUAUUUAUUGUAGGUUACAGUAGUCACCUUCUCUCAGGAGCACGCCCUCACGCUUUGUUAUUCCCGCGGGUGGGUUUCCUCCGGGGGCUCCGGUUUCCUCCCACAGUCCAAGUACAUGUAGGUCAGGUGAAUCGGACAUACUAAGUUGUCCCUAGGUAUGAAUGUGUGUAUGUCGGCCCUGUGUGAUGGCCUGGCGGCCUGUCCAGGGUGUCUCCCCGCCUGCCGCCAAUGACUGCUGGGAUAGGCUCCAGCAUCCCCUCGACCCUGAGAGCGAGGUAAGCAGUUUGGAUAAUGGAUGGAUGGACCUUAAUAUUUUCUGGCUGUGCACAUACGCGGUUCUUCUGAAAUUAUAGUGAUGCCAUUCCUCAAUUUUCUGGGCAGCAUCGUUAUUUUGCAAGGUUUCUCUGACUCAUUGGUCCCAUCAGCUUCCUGUUGGUCUACAGAACAGUAUGUAAUGACGAACACCAUUAAUUGUACUUCGAAAAAUUGUAUUUCCUUGAAAUAUUGCUUUUGUUUUGUUAUCAGACUUGACUUGACCGGCACUGUCACGUUUACCCACUCAAGAUACCUGUCGUUGUAUGUCCGCACAACGCUUUUGACAUGUUUUGUGUCCAGAUUUAUAAUUGGGGGGGGGGGGAAAAUAAUUGUUUCCUCUUUUUGGUUUACCGUCAGCUUUGGUGCCACUGUACCGUCUUUCAGGCAGUCUAAGACAGCGAUAAGAAGUGUGUUGCUUAUGACUCUCGGACUUCAAAUGACAAUCUCGCGCUCUACUGCAUGGUGUUUAAAUGAUAUAACUUUGAAUGAAUAUGAGAUUAAAUUGGUUAUUACAUUUUAAACGAGUUCUUUCUUUAAUUUAUUUUGUGACUAUGUGCCCGACACAAAAUGAAGGAGUCAGUGGGGCGGUUUACUGUUGCGCCGUGGUAAAGUUCAAUACACCAAGCUGGGUCAUAGUUUAAGUUUAAUUUUGGGGGGCGUCUGGGUAGCGUAGCGCGGUCUACUCCGUUGCCUACCAACACAGGGAUCGCCAGUUCGAAUCCCCGUGUUACCUCCGGCUUGGUUGGGUGCCCCUACAGACCAGUGGCGGCUGGCCAGUACGGGGCGCCGGGACGCCACCCCCUUCAAAUAGCAAGAGAGGAAAAUCUACUUAAACAUGUUAGAUAUAAUUUUGUUGUAUAAUGCAAAUAAUUAUGCAAUAAAAGUGUU